AAUAGUCUUAAACCGUUUUUAAAAGUAAAAUUCAUAUUACCCCAUUUCCUGUUUUUGCUUCAAUUGGCUCAUUGUACACUCUCUCCAUGUUCAGAACUAAACUUCAAAAUCUUCACCAUAAAAUCAACACAUUCCUCUCCAUUAAUGGCUUUUCUUCAAACCUCAAAUCCCUUCUUCAAUCCCACGCCUUCAUAAUCACAACUGGUCAUACCCACAACGUGUACAUAGCAGCAAAGCUUAUCUCUCUUUAUGCUUCGAACAAUAACCUCAUUUCUUCAAGAAAAGUGUUUGAUUUCAUCAAUUUUAAAGACCCUUUUCUUUGGAAUUCGAUUAUCAAAGCUUAUUUCUCUAAUGGGAAAUACACAGAAUCGCUUGAGCUUUACUCCAGUAUGCGGGGUUCUAAUGCUCUGCCUAAUCAGUUUACCAUACCAAUGGUUGUUUCUGCUUGUGCGGAACUUGGGUUGGUUGAAAUUGGGAUGGGGGUUCAUGGGUUGGUGUUAAAAUUGAAUCUUUUUGAUGGUAAUAGUGCUGUUGGAGCUUCGUUGGUUUUUAUGUACUCGAAAUGUGGGGUUAUGGAGUAUGCGUCUGAUGUGUUUGAUGAAAUUCCUGUGAGAGAUGUGGUGUCUUGGACUGCGAUUAUAAAAGGGUAUGUAGAGAAUGGACAGAGUGGUAAAGGGUUGGAGUAUUUUUGUUUGAUGUGUAAGAAUGGAGAAGGUGAGGUGAGGCCGAAUUUUCGGACGUUGGAGGGUGGAUUUCAAGCUUGUGGGAAUUUAGGUGCAUUGGUAGAAGGUAAGUGUUUUCAUGGGUUGGCAAUGAAAUCUGGUUUUGGUUGUUAUCAAGUUGUUCAGUCUUCUGUUUUGUUAAUGUACUCGAAAUGUGGUUCAGUUGAAGAAACUUAUAGUUCGUUUUGUGAGGUUGAUGAGAAGGAUUUGUUAUCCUGGACGGUAGUAAUUGGCGUUUAUGCAAAAUAUGGGUGUAUAGAUGAAUGCAUUGAUAUGUUCUUGAAAAUGCUGGCUAGUGGGAUAUCCCCAGAUGGGAUGGUGAUUAGUUGUGUACUUUCUGGUCUAGGUAAUGCCGCGAUGAUUUCUGAAGCUAAGACUUUUCAUGGAUUCAUCUUGAGAAGAAACUAUGAUGAGGAUCACAUGGUUAGUAACACAUUACUGGCCAUGUAUUGUAAGCUUAGACUCUUGAAUUUGGCAGAAAAGAUAUUUAAUAGAGGGAAUGGACAAAACACAGAGGCUUGGAACGUGAUGGCGAUUGGCUAUUGGAAGGACGGAUUAGAAGCCAAGUGCAUUGAUUUAUUCAGAGAUAUGCAAUACUUGGGAGUUGAAUCUGAUGUCAACAGCUUGAUAUCUGUGAUUUCUUCUUGCUCCCGGUUGGAAAAACUUCGUUUAGGUCAAUCUCUGCAUUGUCAUGUUAUAAAAAAUCUGAUGCUUGGAAAUGUUUCUGUCUCCAAUUCUCUAAUAGAUAUGUAUGGAAGAAGCAAGAAUCUAACUUUAUCGUGGAGAGUCUUCUGUAUGAUGACUGAUAAGGAUGUUGUUACGUGGAACACAAUGAUGACUUCCUCUAUUAGUUGUGGAAAAAUUGCGGAGGCCUUUGGUCUUUUUGAUGAAAUGAGAGCAGAAAGUUACAAGCCUAAUAUUGCAACGCUGGUGAUUUUGCUCUCUGCUUCUUCUCAAGUAUCUUCCCUGGAGAAAGGAGAGAAAGUUCAUCAAUACAUCAAGGAAGUUGAGUUCGGAAAGAAUACUUUGCUUGAUACUGCAUUGACUGAUAUGUAUGCAAAAUGUGGACAGCUAACAAAGUCCAGAGAAAUAUUUGAUUCAAUGGAAAAGAAAGAUAUCGUUUCUUGGAACGUACUGAUCUCAGGCUAUGCUAUGUAUGGAGAAGCAAAUUAUGCUAUAGAAAUGUUCAAAAAAAUGGAACAGACGAAAAUUAAGCCAAAUGAACUGACUUUUCUUGCUGUGCUCUCUGCGUGUGCUCAUGCAGGGCUGGUUGAAGAAGGAAAGACCAUAUUUAGAAGAAUGAAAGAUUCUUCCUUGCUGCCCACACUGAAGCACUAUUCUUGUAUGGUUGAUCUUCUUGGUCGUUCUGGUAAUUUGGAUGACGCUGAAACUUUGGUUUUGUCCAUGCCAAUUGCUCGAGAUGCAGCUAUUUGGGGUUCUUUACUAAGUUCUUGUAAACUUCACAGUCAGGUUGAGAAGGGUAUAAGAAUUGCAAAACAUGCUAUUGAAUCUGACCCGGAAAAUGAUGGGUACUAUAUAGCAAUCUCAGACCUAUAUAGUUCUGUAGGAAUGUGGGAAGAGGUAGAAAUUGUGCGGAAAAUAAUGAAGGACAGGAAAGUGAGGAAAGAAGUUGGCUGGAGUACAGUAUAAAUCUAUUUCUUGGGAGUCUUUAGCAACUCAAGUUAUGGUAGUAUUAAUGUGAUGAAGAUUUGGUGCGACUAAAGGUUUUACACUUGCAAGAGUUGUUCAAUUAGUGCCAUUUUUCUGCUCCAUAAUUUGCUUCACUUGCUGAGAAACAAUGGCUGAUCUAUGGUUGCAAUUGCAUUGCGAGCCUAUCAUUUUUCUGGCUGAUGAUAGUAA